AUGCGGCCCGCCAAAAGAAUUCAUGCGGCCCGCCAAAAAAUUCAUGCGACUCGCAAAAAGAAUUCAUGCGACUCGGCAAAAGAAUUCAUGCGACUCGCCAAAAGAAUUCAUGCGACUCGCCAAAAAAAUUCAUGCGACCCGCCAAAAGAAUUCAUGCGACUCGCCAAAGAAUUCAUGCGACUCGCCAAAAAGAAUUCAUGCGACUCGCCAAAAAUUCAUGCGACUCGCCAAAAAUUCAUGCGGCUCGCCAAAAGAAAAGAAUUCAUGCGACUCGCCAAAAAAUUCAUGCGGCCCGCCAAAAGAAUUCAUGCGACUCGCCAAAAAAAAUUCAUGCGACUCGCCAAAAGAAUUCAUGCGACUCGCCAAAAAAUUCAUGCGCCCGCCAAAAAAUUCAUGCGACUCGCCAAAAAAUUCAUGCGGCCCGCAUGCGAAGAAUUCAUGCGACUCGCCAAAAGAAUUCAUGCGACUCGCCAAAAAAAUUCAUGCGACUCGCCAAAAGAAUUCAUGCGACUCGCCAAAAAUGCGAAAAAUUCAUGCGACUCGCCAAAAAAUUCAAAAGAAUUCAUGCGACUCGCCAAAAGAAUUCAUGCGACUCGCCAAAAAAGAAUUCAUGCGCGACUCGCCAAAAGAAUUCAUGCGACUCGCCAAAAAAAAUUCAUACGACCCGCCAAAAUUCAUGCGACUCGCCAAAAAAGAAUUCAUGCGACUCGCCAAAAUUCGCCGACUCGCCAAAGAAAUCAUGCGACUCGCCAAAAAGAAUUCAUGCGACUCGCCAAAAAUUCAUGCGACUCGCCAAAAGAAUUCAUGCGGCCCGCCAAAAAAUUCAUGCGACUCGCCAAAAAAGAAUUCAUGCGACUCGCCAAAAAGAAUUCAUGCGACUCGAAAAAAAUUCAUGCGACUCGCCAAAAAGAAUUCAUGCGGCUCGCCAAAAAUUCAUGCGACUCGCCAAAAAAGUUCAUGCGGCCCGCCAAAAAGUUCAUGCGACUCGCCAAAAAAUUCAUGCGACUCAAAAAAGAAUUCAUGCGACUCGCCAAAAGUUCAUGCGGCCCGCCAAAGAAUUCAUGCGACUCGCCAAAAAAUUCAUGCGACUCGCCAAAAGAAUCGCCAAAGAAUUCAUGCGACUCGCCAAAAGAGUUCAUGCGACUCGCCAAAAGAAUUCAUGACCGCCAAAAGAAUUCAUGCGACUCGCCAAAAGAAUUCAUGCGGCCCGCCAAAAGAAUUCAUGCGACUCGCCAAAAGAAUUCAUGCGACUCGCCAAAAGAAUUCAUGCGACUCGCCAAAAGAAUUCAUGCGACUCGCCAAAAGAAUUCAUGCGACUCGCCAAAAGAGUUCAUGCGGCCCGCCAAAAGAAUUCAUGCGGCUCGCCAAAAGAAUUCAUGCGACUCGCCAAAAAGAAUUCAUGCGGCCGCCAAAGAAUUCAUGCGACUCAAAAAAGAAUUCAUGCGGCCCUCGCCAAAAGAAUUCAUGCGACUCGCCAAAGAAUUCAUGCGAUUUCGCGCAAAAGAAUUCAUGCGACUCGCCAAAAAGUUCAUGCGGCCAAAAGCUCGCCAAAAGUUCAUGCGGCCCGCCAAAAAGAAUUCAUGCGACUCGCCAAAAGAGUUCAUCACCCGAAUUCAUGCUCAAAAAGAAUUCAUGCGACUCGCCAAAAAGAAUUCAUGCGACUCGCCAAAAAGAAUUCAUGCGACCCGCCAAAAGAAUUCAUGCGACUCGCCAAAAAGAAUUCAUGCGGCAUGCGCUCAAAAAAAUUCAUGCGACUCGCCAAAAGAAUUCAUGCGACUCGCCAAAAGAAUUCAUGCGGCCCGCCAAAAGAAUUCAUGCGACUCGCCAAAAGAAUUCAUGCGACUCGCCAAAAGAAUUCAUGCGGCCCGCCAAAAGAAUUCAUGCGACUCGGCAAAAGAGUUCAUGCGACUCGCCAAAAGAAUUCAUGCGACUCGCCAAAAGAGUUCAUGCGGCCCGCCAAAAGAAUUCAUGCGACUCGCUGCGAAAGAAUUCAUGCGGCCCGCCAAAAGAAUUCAUGCGACUCGCCAAAAAAGUUCAUGCGGCCCGCCAAAAAAGAAUUCGCGACUCGCCAAAGAAUUCAUGCGACUCCGCCAAAGAAUUCACUCGCGAGUUCAUGCGACAAAAAGUUCAUGCGACUCGCCAAAAGAAUUCAUGCGACUCGCCAAAAAUUCAUGCGACUCGCCAAAAGAAUUCAUGCGACCCGCCAAAAGUUCAUACGACUCGCCAAAAAAAAUUCAUGCAGCCCGCCAAAAGAAUUCAUGCGACUCGCCAAAAGAAAUUCAUGCGACUCAUAAAAGAAUUCAUGCGACUCGCCAAAAGAACCCGCCAAAAGAAUUCAUGCGGCCCGCCAAAAAAUUCAUGCGACUCGCCAAAAAAAUGAAUUCAUGCGACUCGCCAAAAUAA